AUGAAAAUAAUUUUAUUUACUGUUUUAUUUCACACACUUGCUUUUUUUUCUAAAGGUGAGAACACAUUGAAUUUUGAGAAGAUAAUAACAUUUCUUAAAGAAAGCAAUGCUAUACCUGAGUUCGUACCAAACAUUUUAAAUGAUGUAGUUGUAGUAAUCCCUCCUUACUUAAUAUAUAAGUAUAAGAAUAAAAUAUAUCAUCUACACAAUGAUAUUGAUGCAAAUUCAAAAAGAAAAUUAGAAAUUUAUGAUGAAUCAGGUUCCUUAGUAUCAGAUGAACCAGAUGCAGAACAAUUAGAAACCCCAUUAAAACCUGAAGAACAAGGAGAAAAGCCACUUGUACAUCCUGAAAAACCGUCAAAAGACGUAUUAGAUGAAAGUAAAUUACCAGGUGAUGAAGAAAAAUCAAAAGAACCAAAAGAAGAACUAAAAGAAACAGAAGAAAAAAAGCCAGAAAAAGAAGAACCAGAAGAAAAAAAAACAGAAAAAGAAGAACCAGAAGAAAAAAAAACAGAAAAAGAACCAGAAGAAGAACCAGAAGAACAGUUAGAAGUAGAUGAAGAAACAGGAAUUGGAAUACCCAAAAAAGAGAUUUACGAAGAAGAAGAAGAUGAAGAAAGAAAAAAAGAAAAAGAAGAAGAAAAAGAAGAAGAAAAAAAAAACAAGUUUGAAUUACCAAAAGAGGUAGAAUUAACUAGUGCUGAAAAGCAAAAGAAUAUCGUUAUACAUUUUUACAAUAAAGGGAUAAAUUAUAAAUUAAAAGAACUAAUUGAAUAUAAAGAAAAAGAAAUUAUAUUUAACAAUAUAGAAAAAGGAUAUACUCUUUUUUAUAAAAAUUCUACGAAGGUUGAACCAAGAAAUAAUAUUCAUGAUGUAAAGGUAAAUGAUUAUAAUGGUUUUUUAAAAGCUUUGCAUAUUUUAUUUAAAGAAAGUAAGGAAAAAUAUUACACAAUAAAUAAUGUACCUAAAGAAGAUUUAAUAUUUCUUUUUAAACAUUUAUAUAUAAAUGUCUACAAUUCUUUAAAAAAGUAUUUAUUUUUUAUCGGAUAUAAUUUUGAAGACUACGUUUAUUCUGCUGAUAAUUUUUCAUUAAAUAAGCUUUUAAAUGAUUUCUUUUUCUUAACUGAUAACAAUUACAUAGGUGAUGGAUCAUUUAAAAAUAUAAUAAAAAAUAUCAAGUAUAUUCCCACUGCAAAAGAUAAAUUAAGUUUAAAAAAAAUAGAAAAAUCAAUUAAAAACUUUCUGAGGUUGAAUGAUUUAAAAGUUUUAGAUCUUAAAUUAUUCCAUCAUUUAUUUUCAAAAAAUUUUAUUUUAAAUUAUAGUGAAAGUGAUUUAAUAAGAUUUUUAACAGAUAUAGUGAACAUUGCACAAAUAGAUUUAUCUCCUAGAGUUAUUGGUGCAUGUUUAAAAUUUUUCUUGGAAAAAAUUGAUAUAAAUCUAAUGCCUUCGUACCCAACGAGUUCAACUUAUGAUAAUAGAUUAUUUAUUGAAAACAAUGAUUUAUUAUAUACAAUAGAAGUAAUAUAUAGAGAUUUUCUAAAAAUCUUUUAUACAAAUAACUUUAUAACACAUAUGCUUGUUCCCAUGAAUCAUAGAAAUUUAUAUCAAUUAACCCCAUGGUUACAUGAUAUUUAUGCCAAUUUUGAAAGCACAUAUGAUUUUUUAUCAGUAAAAUAUAGUAUAAUAUUAUGUUAUAAUACAUCUUGGAUGAUUAGAAAUUAUUUUUCAGGUUAUUCUGAAGUAAGAGAUUUAAUAAGUAAACAUAAAAAGUCAUCUAAAAUUGAUACAUUAGAUAAAUUUUUAAAUGAAUUAAUAAAUUUAUUUGUAAUAAAAAAGGGAUCUGAAUCAGUAAUACCUGUUUUAUCAACUUUAGAAAAACCUGUUGCAAGAAGAUUAAGUGAAUCGGUAGCGCAUGAAGAAACAGAAGACGAAGCAGAAGAUGAAGAAGAAAAGGAAGAAUUAAUAAAGAAAAUAAAAAGAAAAGAGGAAUUAAGAAAGAAAAUGGAAUUAGAAUUGGAAGAAGAAAGAAAAAAAAAGUUAAAAGACAUAAAAGACCAAAAAGAGAAAGCUGAAAGAGAAGAAGAGGAAUUAAGAGAUAAAAAAGAUAAAGAAGAAGAAGCAAAAAUUCAGAAAUUAGAAGAAGAAGAAGAAACAGCUGAAGUAUUACAAGAUGAAACUUUUGAUAGAGAAUAUGAAGAAGAUUACAAAGCAGAUUUAGAAUUUGCAAAAUCACGUGAAGGCUCGGGAAUUGAUGAUAAUGCACCUGCUUAUUUAAAAGAAGCAAUAGCUACAAGAGAACCUGAUUCAUUUUAUUAUAAUCAUGCAAAGAGCUAUUUAAAAAGAAAAAUUGAAGAAGUGUAUAAUACCCAUAUAAAAUCUGCAUAUAAAUUUAUUACAGAUUUAAACAGAAAAAUGGAUGAUAUCAUAUUCGAGUUAGAGGGGACUGUUUAUCCUGAUUUCGAAGAAGUUAAAGAUGAAGCAAUACAAGAAUGCAAUCAAAAUUUUGACAAAUUAAAAGAUAAAAUAAAGAACAAAGAAAAUCAAAAAAAUAUGGAAACUUAUAAAAAAGAGAUAGAAUCAGAAUUAAGUGAAAUUGAAGAGAAAACAGAUGAAAAAUAUGUAAUAAUAGAAGAUUUGUUCUUAGAAAAACUAAACAAGUAUAAAGAUGAUACUAAAAAAUUUUGCGUCAAGAAGUUUUAUGGAAAUUUCAGGAAAAGUUUAGGAAAAAAAAAAAUGAAGAUGCUAGAAGAGUUUAGAUAUUCUUAUAGGUAUGCACUUAGAUUUGUAAAAGAUUUGACUAAAAUUGAUGAGCAAGAAUACACAAAAGUUCUUACAGAAAUAUAUACGGAAGACAAAAAAAAAUAUAAAGAGGAAUAUAAAGCAAGUAGGAGAUUAAUAGCAAAGAGUUUAGAUGAAGAAUAUGAUUCUCUAUUAACUAAUUAUUUCAACAAAGUAGAAGCUAUUGUUGAACAUAAUGUUCAAGAAGUUAGAAAACAUGUAGUAGGUAAAGUAGAUCAUAUGAUUAAAGAAUUGUAUAAUGAAAUGGAUGUUGAAUUACGAAUAGAAAGAAUAAGACUUAACAAUGAAAAAAAAAAGAUAAUUGAAAAGUUUGAUAAAUUAGUUGAGGAUGAUAAAAAAUUAUCAGAAGACUUAAAAAUAAGUGAAGCCAAAUUAGGUGAAAUCCAAAGUGAUACUCCAGAUAAAGCAGAAAAAGAAAAAGUAUUAAAUAAAGAAAUAGAAGAUUUAAAAGAAAAAAUAGAGUAUAAUAAAAAGGAAAUAAUUAAAUUUAGAUCGGAUUUUAAUACUACUUCAGAAGAACUUGAUAAAAUAAGCGAAAAAAUGGAUAUUAUAAAUGAACUGCAUAAAAAAUUUUUGUUAUUGAAAUAUGAUAUUAUUAAGCAGUAUAAGGUGAGUAAAGGAAAUACUGAGAUAUUUAUAGUAAAUUCAGAUAAGGUAUCUGAUAUAUAUAAAUCAAUAGAAAACAUAAUGAAAGAGUCUAUCUUAACAUUAGAUGAAUUAAAAUUUGAAGAAAAUGAUUUAAAGAAAAAAAUAGAGAUACUUCAAGAUAAGAUAGAAGAUAUCUCUUUGGAUAUAAAUGUAAGAGAAAAAUUAUUUGAAAAUAUUUCAGAUGGAGAAAAUACUGCAAAAUAUGAUUUAAAAAAACAAAAGUUAGUAGAAUUAACUAGUGAAAUAAAUAAAUUUAAAGAAAAGUUGGAAGAAUCAGAAGUAAAAAGGGAAAUCAUAUCAGAUGAAUUGCAAUAUUUAACUAGUGAUAGUUUAUCUGAAAUACCAAAUUCUUUGAAAAUACUAUUACCAGACGAAUCAGAAAAACAUGAAAACAAAUCAUUCGAAGAUUUUGUAACAUCAAUUAAAACUGAAUUAGGAGUAGAAAAUGAUGCAUUUAGAAGAUUAGUUAUGACAUUUGAUGAAGAUAUAAAUGAUCAUGAAGAUGAACUAAUUUUUGUUUAUAAUUUCUCGAAAAUUUUACAUGAUGAAAAUAAUAUGAGAGAAAAAAUUGAUGCUGGGUUUCAUAAAAUUCUUAAUGCAUAUACUGAAAGAGUAGCAAUGUUUUACACUGAUUUUAAAAAUUAUUUUGAAUUAUGGAAAAAAACAGAACAGGAAGAAAUUAACAAAGAUACAUUAAGUUAUUUAGAAAAAAAUAUUAUUCAUUUAGAAGAUUUCUUAGAAAAACUAAGAAAUGGUGUUCAUAUUCCUGAUGUAAGCUAUAUUAUAACAAACAAUGAUAUUUUUACUAAACAGAUAAAAAAUGAAAAACCGGAAUUACUUGAGGCUUAUACACCAUUAGUAGCAAAAUUUAAUGAAUUAGAAAAAGAAGGAAUUUCAAUCAAUGAAAAUUUUAAUGAACUAGUUUUAUAUGAAAAUAAUUUCCAACUUGAUUCAGAUAAAUUAGUGUGGUAUAAAGCAAUUCUAAAAAAAUAUUUACAGAGAACUAAAGAUUUAUAUCAGAAAUCUUAUGAUUAUAAUGAAUUAUCAAAAGGAGAUGUAACAGGUAUUUUAGACAAGAAGGUAGAUACAUAUUUAGCAAAACCAAUUUUAUUACAAUAUGGAGGUGAUGUAUGGGGAGAACCUUCUGAAAAAAAAAACUUAAGAGUUAUUAGUGAUGAAAGAAAAUUUCCAUACAUUUUAAAAGAAAUAAAAGAUGAUUAUGCUUUAGAUAAAAUAAUUAAUUCGAAUUUGAAAAAAACAGGUAAAUUAAAAGAUUUAACAGAUUAUAUGAAUGUAAAAUUAUAUAAUGUUAUAGAAGAAAAAGAUACAAAGUUAUAUUUAUUUGAAAAAGAUGAAAUUGAUAAGCUUAACUUAAUUAAUCAUGAUGGAAAACUAAUUGAAGGCAAUUUAAAAAAUCUUCUUACACACAUAAAAUUUUCAAAUAUAGAUGUGCAUAUACGUAAAAUAGAAGAGUCUAUAUCUAAAAUUAUAAAAAAUUUGGAACUUAAUUACGAUUCUAUAAUCGAAAUUAUAAAAUAUCUUAAAUCAAAUAAAAAAAUAAUUCACAUUAGAGAUAUAAUAAAUGUUAGUAAAAUUAUUUUGGAUAAUUCGAAUAUUUUUUUUAUAAAAAAUGAUGUUCUAACCAUUUAUAUUUGCGCCAUUUUAGAAUUAUUAGGAAUUGAAAUAAAAACUGAAGAUAUUCAAGAUAAAGAUAUAAAAUCACGAGUUUUAGUUUAUUUAAAUGUACUUAAAAGUUAUCAUUAUGAAAAAAUAAGAAUAAGAGAUCAAAUUAAAGAUUAUGUUAUUAAGUUUCUCAUUCCUCAAAAGGAGUUUGAAACUUUAAAUUAUAGUUCACAGUUAUACAAUUUUAUAUUAGCCAUUAAUGAAAGCAUAGAUGGUAAUCCAAAAAAUUAUGAAUUGUUUAAAAAGAAAGAAAAUGAAUUUCAUUCAAAAUUAGUGUAUGCUAUGAAAAAAGGAAUUCAAGAUUUUAUGAUCUAUGUGAUUACAACCAUAAUGAAUGACAAUCCUAAAUUGAAAGAAGAGGAAUAUUAUGACGACAAUUAUAAUAACAUAGAAAGAGAUCGAUUUAAUUAUGCCAAUUAUAUUUGGAAAAGAGUAGAUAUAAACGAAGUGUUAACUCUUUAUUUUUAUGUUAUAAAUCCAGGGUUUAGAGUUCUUCUACAUAAUUAUUUUAUAAAAGCUGACAUAAAUUGUUUGAAAGAUUACGAAAAAUUUAAUUUUAAAGAAUUGUUAUUCUUUUUAAAUAGUGAAACAAUAAAUGAAGAUUUUAAAGCUUAUAUGAAAUCACUUGAAUUUUUUGAAGUACCUCCUUUGGUUAUUCUUUUGAGAUUUUUUUUUGAUGAGAAAUUUAAGCAUUUAUUUAAAUUUGAUAAAAUAAGAGAAGUUAUUGAACCAUAUUUGUCUUCUCAAGUAUUUAAUGAAAACACAAAAGUUAUGAUAGCUAAACUUAUAUAUUCCUUUUUUGUUAGAUUAAAUUAUCAUUCUGUAUCUUAUUUUGACGGUGAUUUAAUGAAAAUUAUAGAUAAAAGUGAUCUUAAAAUAUUAAGUCUAUUUCACAAUAUUCUAAAUAAAAUGAAUUAUAUUUUAUAUUGUAAUAAUGAAAAGUUAUAUUUAGAAAGAUAUGCACCUACCAACAUAUUGUCUAAUAAGACCUUUAAAUUAGAUGCACUGAAAAUAUUCCAAGAGUUCUUAAAUACCCUACCUGAGUAUAUAAAGCGUCCGUUAGUUAAUUUUUUUGAAACUGAUUUCAUAGAAACAACAACUAGUUUAAUAUCUGAUUUCUUUAAGUAUGUAAAGACAUUUUUAGAUAUAGAUAAAAACAAAGAUUUAUUUGAAUCAGAAGAUGCUAAUAAGAUUGAAUCGUUUUUCAAAUUAAAUUACGUUUUUAGCAAAAAUAAAAACGUGAUUGAAGAAACAUAUGAAAAACUAAUGGAAAAUAAACCAUACUUUAAGGAUAUGCCUAUUUUAUAUUCUAGAAAAGUAAAGUACGAUCAUACUAAUGAAAAGCUUAUAUAUCAGAACGAAUUAGAAUUAGGGGAUAUAUUUGACCAAAAAGCAUUCAACCUUUUAAUGGAAAUGUUAUUCAAAGAACACUUUACAUUUUCAUAUUUGAAUAAAAGAUUUUCUGAAUUCAUGAAAAAAAACGGUUUUGUAUUUCCAAAAUUUGAAAAAUUAAAAGAAAAAAUAAUUUCAUUAGAAAAUGAAAAAUUUUAUUUAGAUCUUUAUAAAUAUCUUUAUGAUAGACUUCAACUUUUAAAUGUUUCACAGCCAAUACAGGAGCUGUAUUAUCUUUUUAUAAAAAAAUUAUUAGACUACUCUCUACUUCCUAAAAAAUUAGUAGAUGAUGAAUUACAGGAAUCUUUAAAUACAGAAUUACAAAAUAAAUAUUUUAGAUAUUUCAAUUUCUUGGAAAAACUGUUUAAAUGUUUAUUUAAUUUUUAUUAUUAUGAUGAAGCUUAUCAUUGUGAAUCUUUCGGAUUCUUUACUAAUGAAGAAAUACCACAUGAACAAAAGGUUUUAAAACUUAUGCAAACUCCAUAUAUAGAUAUCCCUGAACCUACAAAGCAUAAUCCAAUACAUGAGGAGUAUAAGAUUGAGAAUGAUAACAUAACUUUCGAUUUCUUCAAACAGUUCAUUCCAUCUAGUGAAUCCAUGGAAAAGGAAAAAAUUGAUGCAGAAGUUUUUAAAUUAAGAUAUUUUAUAGCGGAAAUUACAAAAUUCAUAUUGCGUACUGUAUUAAAAAAAAUGCCAUCUAAUUAUUUAAUUAAUAUGAAACAUGAUACUUUAAGUAUUGACAUAGAUGAUAUAAUUUCAAAUAUGUACUCAUUCUUUAAAGAAGCUCGUAAAAGUAAAAAACCUGAUGAAUCAGAAAUACUUGAAAUACCUGAUUCAAUGGGAUCAAUCAAUAACUUUAAUAAUAAUGAUGGACAAGUUAAAUUUGAAAAUAUAAAAUAUUAUUUUAAUAAUUAUAUAACAGAAUAUUUUUUAAAAAAUAAUAUGAUAUUUAAACAUUUUAAUGAUUUUAUCAAACAUAUUGACAAAUUUAAACAAUAUUUUCCUACUUUAUCUGAAUUAUAUUUGUUUAUUGAUAAGCGCGUUAAUAUUAUUAAUUCACUUUAUAAUCCAUAUUAUACAAAGAUGGCAAAAACACAAACGAUUAUUCAAAUUUUUAUAGAUAUUCUUAAAAGCUUUGGAUUAGAACUUUAUGAAUUAUAA